AUGCCGGCUCUAGAAUUUGACCCCGAGAGGGCGGAAGGUAUUGUUGCAGCGGUCAAAGAAGCCAAGAAGCAACAGCUGGGAGCAUUGGAUUUGCUUCGUGAGCGGAAUCUCAUCACAGACGAGGCAAGCACGGUGCAGGCCUUUCGAGCUCUGCGGCUAGCAGGGCUUCACGAAGAGGUCAUGACGCUCUUUGCGAAGAUGGAGGACACGACCGUGUCGCCCGAAAUCUAUGCAGAGCAGAUGGCCUCUUUGGAUUCGUUGGGACUGACCCAAGACAUUUUCGAGCUCAUGGACAGCAUGAGGAAGAAGAAUGUCACGCCGAACGUCUCCUGCUACAACAGGAUCAUGAGAAUCCAUGCCCAAAACAGGGCAACACGAUCUGCUUUCCAACUGCUGGAUGACAUGCAAGAGAAUGCAGUGAAGCCAGAUGUGCACACCUACGAUUUCGCUUUAGGCUCCUGCAACAGCAGAAAGAAGUGGGAGAACAUCAUCACACUUUUGGAUGCGAUGCAGGUGGACGGUGUGCAGCUGAAUUCCUCGUGCUACAGAACCGUCAUGCACGGAUUGUCCUACUCACAGUACCACGAGCGCUGCUACGAUCUCUAUGUCCAGAUGCGGGAGAAUGGUAUUUCCCCCGAAGAACAUCACUUGUGUGAUUUGUUGCGUGCUCUCUUCGGUGAAGAAGGGCAGCCGAGAGAUAAGGAGAAGGCCAUGCAGACCUUCCAGAGCCUCGUUGAAGACACUUCGGUGAAGUUCAGCGAGGUCCACUUCGACAUCGCCAUCAGCAUGUGUGAAAAGGAGGGGCGGUGGCGGGAGAUCUUAUCAUUGGCCACCGCCAUGGGUGGACGAGGCAUCAUCCCUCACUCCAUGACCUGCAACGCGGUGCUUAAGGCCUGCGUUCAGCUUGGCAAAUGGGAAGUGGCUUUGAAGCUCUUGGUUAGCAUGGAGAGGGACGGCACUGAGCUGGAUCGCAUUGCCUACCUCACAGUGCUGACAGCCUGUGAAAGGGCCAGAAAGUGGGACGAGGUUCUGAAGCUCUAUGCCGACAUCGAAGAACGGUUCCCGUCCUUUGUCAACCCAGACAUGAGGCUGCCGACAAUUGCGGCCCUCUGCGAGGUUGGGAGAGAAGAUGAAGCUAUAGCAUUGUACCGCGAGAGCUUUGGUUCAGCAUUAGCCCGGCAGCAGUCCAGGCGUCGAGGCAAUGAUCCCAUCGUUUUGGAUGCGCGAAGAUUGUCCCGGCAAGUUGCUGGCAUCAUGAUGAGAUGUGCCUUGGAAGAUUCGGCCAAGAGUGCGGAUGCUACAGCCGCAAGGGCUGCAAAGCCUAUGGCCCUUGCUGGCUUCACCCCGACGGGGCUCAAGGCAGGUGUGGACUUCUAG